AUGAAUACUUUUAUAUUGGGUGCCACUGGUUUAUGUGGUAAUGCGUUCUUAAAAUAUGCAAACAAAUCAGAUAAAGUGAGUCAAAUUACAACUAUAACAAGAAGAAAGUUAGCUGAUACAUACGACAACAAUACUAAAAUUAAUCAAAUUAUUAAUAAAAAUAGUGAAGAAUGGGUGAAUGAAGUUCCAAAAGGUUUGGAUGUAGUAUUUACAAGUUUGUCAACAACCAAAGGUGCUGCAGGUAGUCUUGAAAAUCAAUAUAAAAUUGAUCAUGAUUUAAAUUUGCAAUUGCUUGAAAAAGCUAAAGAAAAUGGUUGUAAAACUGUUGUUCUAAUUUCAAGUUCAGGCGCUAAUGAACAUUCUUGGGCAGGCUAUUUAAAAAUGAAAGGUGAAAUCGAAAGAGAUGUUACAAAAUUAGGUUUCGAUCAUACCAUUAUUUUAAGACCAGGUGUUUUAUUAGGUGAAAGGGAUUCCCAGAAUUUCAAAGGUUUUGGAAAUAGUUUUGCUUCUACAAUUGGUUCUUUCUUGUAUGGGACUAGAUUUCAAUCUCUGGGUUUUGACCCAAUUUAUGGUGAUGAUGUCGGAAAAGUCAGUUUACAUUUGGCUGAAAAUGCUGAAAAUGCUGAAAAAGUUCAAAUUAUUGGUCCAAAGGAAUUACUAAAUUUAUCUAAGACUUUAUAA